UUUGCUAGUGUCUUACUGCACGCUAGGUAGUGUUUUGGCUCGUUUUGGCUCCUUUGCCUCUGUGCAAACGCAACGCAAGAGCGCCGUAGAUAUCAAGACUUCACCCACGCAGUGCGAAAUACGCAAAAAAAGGCAGCUCUGCGACGAAAUCAGCCUCAGGCCCACAUGCUCUCCAUCGCACAACUCAAAAUCAUCAGCGGCUGCGCGAACAUCACGCCGGGGGCAGCCCGGGCCAGCAGCAGCCCCGGAGUGCCGAGCCCCGUAGUAUCGCAGGAGAGGUCUCUCCCGACGGAGCUGUGGGUGCAUGCCCUGGAGUACGCAUCGCUCGACGAAACCCUUGCAGCUUUUGAUGUCUCCAAGGCCUUUCGGUCCGCGUCGCGUUUCGCGCUAAACAAGGGGCGCUGGGCGCCGGUCGUUAAGGUUGUGCUUGCAAUAAAGAGCUUUCCUUGGCGCCAGUAUGGCUUUGCCAAACAAAAACACGUGGACCAGGUGCAGGCAGAGUUCUACGCCGCGUGGCACGUGAGGGAGCCGCGCCUCCUCGAGCAAAUCAUGAAUGCGGUGCAUACGUAUGGAAGCGCGGACAUGGAGUAUGUUUUGGGUGAGCUCCUUCGCGCUGCCGAGCCGGCGAUAAGCGAUGACGCGCUCGGGCGAGUCGUCGCGACGCUGGAACACGUCGAUGCGAGACAUCCGGGGGAUACAGCCCCUAGCUUCAUUUUCGAAAAAUGGCUCAAAUUUCUGCCGGGGGUAUCGCAGUUUCUUGCAUCCAAAGAUGAUUGGGUUCCUCGCCUAUUCGAUGCCGCUGAAAGGUGCAUCGACGGGUAUCAUGCGGGCAAUGUACUAUGCGGUGUGCUUGUUAAUAUUCUGGGCUAUGACGAUGCCGCCGAGUUCGAGACGGAGACCGCCGCGCGAAGGAUGACGGCGGGCUGGUCGGACGAGCACAAGCGCGACGAGCUGGUGGCCGUCUUUAGGAGAGUGCAGCGCGAUAGAUACUACGAAAGAGCAGAUGAGCUUAACGAAGAGCUGGCCGCGAUAGAGAGGGAGGCGUGGAUUUCAGACCCAACAGGUUGGUAAGAGUACUAGCAUU